CCUAGACCCAACAGAUUCUACGGACCCCAGGAAUGGACCCGGAGGAUCAUUCACAAUGGACUAAACCUAGCCCUAAGCGAUACAUACCAUUCUGGCGCCAAGUAUCAGAUCAAGGAGCAAUUACGCACAAUGUUCUUCAUCAUGAUUAUCCUGGAUCAGGGACGGAAACGGAUCCCUUUGUGGUCUCCUGGCUGCCAGACGAUCCCAGAAACCCCAUGUGUUUUACUACCUUCAAGAAGGUUGGCAUCACCAUCGUCGUCUCCACAGCAACAUUGGCUGUCGCCUUCGCCUCCUCAGCAUACUCUGGAUCAACAAAGGAAGUGGUGGAAGGUCUGAAUAUCAGCACGGAAAUUGCAACACUUGGGCUAUCGCUCUUCGUCGUCGGAUUCGCCUUGGGACCGUUGUUCUGGGCUCCAUUGAGUGAGCUUAUCGGCCGACAAUACCCCUUCCUUAUCUCAUUUGGUGCGAUGUCCGUUUUACUAGCGGGGUGUGCUGGUGCACAAAACAUCCAGACAUUGUUGGUGCUACGCUUUCUUGCAGGAACAGCGGGAUCUUCCCCGUUGACAAAUGCAGGAGGUGUAAUUAGUGAUAUGUUUGGAGCGGAGCAAAGAGGCCUUGCUCUGAGCCUUUUCGCAGCAGCUCCAUUUAUGGGGCCUGUUAUUGGCCCAACGAUUGGUGGCUUUCUAGGAAUGGCCGCUGGAUGGAAAUGGGUGGAAGGCUUCCUCGCCGCGGUCUCUGGGGCAUUCUGGAUUAUGAUGACAUGUCUCGUCCCUGAGACCUAUGCUCCUGUCCUUCUCCGUCAAAGGGCAAAGCGCCUUUCACAGGAGACUGGCCUGAUUUACCGGUCAAAACUCGAUGUAGAAAGCGAAGACACAAUUUCUGUAAAGCGCAUGUUUGCCAAUGCAUUGCUGCGACCUUGGAUACUGCUGUUUCGUGAGCCUAUUGUUUUCAUGCUAUCAAUAUACAUUGCUAUCAUAUACGGGGCGCUCUUCAUGAAUUUCGCUGCAUAUCCCAUUGUUUACCAAAACGGACGAGGGUGGAAUCAAGGAGUCGGGGGACUUGCCUUCAUGGGCAUCGCCGUCGGCAUGAUCAUUGGGAUAAUCUACACGAUUCCUGACAACGGACGAUACACACGAACUGUGAAAAGGCAUGGGGGACUUGCACCUCCAGAGUCUCGUUUGCCCCCUGUGAUGCUGGCCGCAGUGUGUAUUCCUAUCGGUCUUUUCUGGUUUGCGUGGACCAACUCCCCCUCCAUCCAUUGGAUAGUUAGCAUAGCAGCCGGCGUCCCUUUUGGCUGUGGGGUUGUGCUUCUUUAUCUGGGUGUCAUGGGCUACUUGAUCGACUCUUAUACGAUUUAUGCGGCAUCUGUUCUCGCAGCGAAUGCUGUGCUACGAUCGCUUUUCGGGGCAGUAUUUCCUCUUUUCACCAACUAUAUGUAUGAAGGAUUGGGGAUUCAUUGGGCCUCUUCAAUUCCGGCCUUUCUUACGAUCGCAUGUCUACCAUUUCCAUUUAUUUUCUACCGAUAUGGAAAGUCGAUUCGGAAGCGAUGUCCCUAUUCUGCCCAGUCGGAGGUGUACAUGCGAAAGCUACAGGAGUCCGUCCGACGAAGCGAAAAAUAGAUCAUCUGGGUAUGUCUUUGGUCAUCCGAAUGACAGAUGAAGAAUUGAAUAUACCUACCACCUUAAGUUAAUUAAAAGUCGGGGUUACGGACGAACCCCACAGGAGUGAAGAAUUCCCAUUGCGGGGCUCCGACUCAAGAAAACGGCGGACCCAAUCUAUAGCCCUAGGAU